AAAGAACAAAGACGCUUAGGUCAAGAAAAAACCGAACGGGAAGCCCGAGAAAAACGAGAACAAGAAGAAAAAAGAGAAAGAGUAGGUAUGCCUCACCUUGACACUGAAAAUCAACAUUACUUAAAUCAUAGAAAAGAGAAUGAUGAUGAAAAGAAAAGAAUAAAGAUAUAUCUUGGCUUUAGUAAGAAAAAAUUUAACAAUUUAAAAGGUGAAUCGAUGAUUUGUCAAAUACCUAUUGGAGAAAAAGAAAAAUUCCGAGCAAUUAUUAUUUUUAGAAAAGUGUGCCUCCAUCUUCUUUUUUUUGACCCUAAUCAUCACUUCUGCCCAAAUUUCUCAAAGAUUAAAAUUCCUAAACCGCAAAAUGGUGGCAGUUGUUUAAUGAGGGAAGAAAACUGUGGUCAAUUUUAUGAGUGCAAAUUUUUAUCUGAAAAAGAUUUAAUCCUACUUAUUAGAAAUGUAGAAAAUAAAGACAUAAUCCAUGCUGAACUAUGUGACGGAGCAGUUGACACUGAGAUUUUCAUUAACUUCCUUAAUAACAUUAAACUUCCUACUGAUGAAAAGUAUUACCUUUUAUUGGAUAGGCUUUCUUCUCAUAAGGCUGAAAAGGUUAAAGAACUUCUAGCAAGUAAAAACAUUGAACCACGAUAUAUCGUUGCUUGCAAUCCUUACUUAAAUCCUGUUGAAGAAGUUUUUAAUAAAAUUAAGGAGAGGUCAUCUGAACAAUUUGAGCCUGUUGCUCCUGAUUAUUCUGAAUCUGCAAAUCAGACAACUGUUUUUUUAACUGAACAUAAUGAUUUCUCCGGCGAGUUUGCAAAACAAUUUGCUGUUUAUUGGCUGGCAAUUUGUCAUUUAAUAAAACCUGGAUUUGUUUAUCUCAAUAAUCUCCAUCAGUUAAAUUAUUGA